ACUCUAACACGUGACACUUCCCCAUCCAAUCAGGAGAAAUGUUAGUUUUUGACGACCCCAUUCCUUCAUAGAUGCCGACCGAGUGAAGGCUGACCGGAGGACGGCUCUCUGAAUUAACACACCACACCGCCCCAUGUGUCGAGUUCCUAUAUCUUGUUGAAUUCGAUUCGUGACUCUGAGUCGGGGUUCACCCCGCCGAAGCGAUCAAAACAAACCAUGCCGGUCCGUACCGAGCGCUGUCCCGGUUCAGCAGCGGCCUGCGUGUCCUCGGCCUCUCUCAUUCCGCCGCCCCCGAUCAACACGCAGCAGCCCGGCGUGGCCACCUCACUCCUGUACAGCGGCUCUCAGUUCCGCGGACACCAGAAGAGCAAAGGCAACUCUUACGACGUCGAAGUUGUCCUCCAGCAUGUAACGAUGGAGGACUCGUACCUGUGUGGAUAUCUCAAGAUCAAGGGGCUUACUGAGGAAUAUCCCACCCUGACUACUUUCUUUGCUGGGGAGAUCAUCAGUCAGAAACGUCCCUUUCUCACCAGGAAGUGGGACGCGGAUGAGGAUGUUGACCGCAAGCACUGGGGCAAGUUCCAGGCAUUUUAUCAGUACGCGAAAAGCUUUAACUCAGACGACUUUGACUACGAAGACCUCAAGAACAGUGACUUUGUCUUCAUGCGAUGGAAGGAGCAGUUUCUUGUCCCAGACCACACAAUCAAAGACAUCAGCGGCGCUUCCUUUGCUGGUUUCUACUACAUCUGCUUCCAGAAGUCCACAGCAACCAUUGAGGGUUUCUACUACCACAGAAGCUCUGAAUGGUACCAGUCACUAAACCUCACUCAUGUUCCUGAACACAGCGCACCCAUCUACGAGUUCCGGUGACACUAAAGCCCUCUUGUGGCUGGAAGAGGGUGAAACUUUGGACAGAGAUAUAUAACAAAAACACUGGUCUCAAGGAAAUAAUGCAGAACUGCCUAAUCAUGCCAAGUACUCGUCAUUUUCUCUCACAAAAGAGUGGAUGACAAAGACAGACAUGAGGAUAAGAAAGUCUUCAAAGGCCCCAGGCAGAUCAUUGUGAUGGAUUGUAAGAGUUACAGCAGCAUUUUUUUUUUUGUUUGUUUGUUUUGUUUUGUUUUUCCUAAUCAUUACUUUAAUUUUGCCUCCAGGUUUUUAAAACAUCCUUCUGUCCUUCUUCCAUCUUAAUUAUUUUAACAUUUUUAGUCUGUUUUGAGAUUAAAGUUCCUCUUAUUUUUCUUUUCCACAGAGAAGCUAUUCAUUUUAUUUUAUUAUUAUUUUUUUUUUUUACAUUUUUUUCACCAGGUCAGCUGGAUCAUUAGGCCAGACUAAUAUAGAUUGCUGUAUGCACGUAGCCAAUUCUUUAAAAUCAGACUGUAUGAAAGCAGUGGGAUGUCUUUGAGAGAGAUGAAGAUUACGGAGGAUGUAAUCAUGACACCUUUGAGUGACUUGGGCAUCAGAGUCUGUGUUUUCCGAGGUGGGAGGAACAUAAGAAAUGUCUCCACGGAUCAGAACAGAGAGGUCCUUUUGCGUCUUAGAGAGAUUAAAUAUAAUUCUAUAUUUUCUAACAAAUCUGAUUCAGAUGUUUUGGAAAGAGGUAUUUUAUAUCCCACAGUGCUAGUCAUAAGCUGCUUAGCGUGAGCAGGUUUUUUUUUUUUUUUUUUUUUUGGGUCAGGGAUGGGCAGCUUUUGAGAAAAGCUAGAUGACAAUAUUUUCUCCAUUUUGCUAUGCAACAUAAAAAUCUUAGCUCACCAACAGUUCCCAGAUAUUAUUUACUGUACCACAGUAGCAUUUUUCACAUACCUAAUCACAACCAAAAGAGUAUUGAUUGGUAAGCACUUUGGAUGGAUGGGAUUUUUUUAUAAUCCUGAAUGGGUGACGAUUUCUGAUGUUUGGAGUUAAAGCUGAAAAGCGUUGACGUGAAAACAGGUGGCAACAGCCUGAUGGCAAACAAAGGAAAGUUUCCUCUUAAAUGGCUUUCAGGAGUCAGGCCAGGGGUUUUCUGGAAAGACAAAUGUAAUGUUACUAGCUGUCUAUAAGAUAAAUUGUUCUGUUCUUCAAGCUCAUGAAAUGCACAAAAAAAAGAGUUAAAUAAGUGUUGAAGGAAGGUGUGAACAGAAACAUUUGUGUAAUAAGAACUAAAUACCUGUUGCAGAAAACUACAGCUCAGUCCUCUUAAGCUUUAGUCAAACCCUUUGCCUUAAAUGUCAACUGUUUGUAUAUAGUGGUUUUAUAAGUGUAGGAAUGAUUUUGGACAGUAAGACUGUUUCGGAUGGAGAAUAUUUGUGAGAGUGCAAGUAUGAAGGAUGGUAGAAGUUCAUGAGUCAGCAGGUGUGAUGCCAAAACAACCUCCAAACCUUUUUGCAGGACAUAAAUACUAAUUGAUUAUAGUACAAACAUGGACACAUUGUUACCAGGCUUUAGUUUGUUGUUGGUUUGUGUAAAUAGGUUGAUGUCAAUUGCUGAAAGAAAUUUAUUUGUACACUGUCACAAUAAUCUGUGAUCAGUCACACUCUCAACACUUUACAUGCCCAACUUAUUUUUUUCUUUUUGAACAGAGAAGCAUCUGAGAUCUGAGCAGAAUAAACAGUAGAUCUUGGCUUGUAUACAUUUAUCACAGUUUUAUAUUAAGUCACCACUUCCAUCUGUUUCCUGUAACUAUAUUCUUUCAGAUACAAAAAAAAUGCACACUUAUUCAUAAUCAGCACACUGAGAUCACUGUACCACUCAUAACCCGAGAAGCUUCUGAUCGAGAGUGCUGCGCGUGAUGGACUAGAGGUGUUUUAAGACUGUUUUAUAAAAUGAUACAUCUGGGAGUGUAAAGUGAAAUGUUGACCCAAGAGUGGUGUACAUAAUAAAGUUUGUGAUGUAAAUUA